AUGAACACCGGAGGCGGCCAGGCCCAGCGGCCCACGGUCUCUUUGGACCAGGGGAUAUAUGUGGGUAAGACCAUAACCGACGACGAUCUCCCACGCGAGGUGGAAGCAUUUCUCGGCAUUCCCUACGCAACAGCGCAGCGCCUCCGACAGUCCCAGCUCCCGCCGGCUUCCUCGGAAACCGUUGACGCGUCGGAGUACGGCCCCGUCUGUCCAACGGCGGACCCUUCCUUCCCGGCCGGCGAGGACUGCCUCAGCGCCAACGUCUUUCGUCCGAUCUCUCGGGGUUCGGAUGGCGUCCCGAAGAAGGUGCCCGUGUUGGUAUACGUCCACGGCGGAGCGUUCAACUUUGGGCGCGGGGCGGACCGCAAUUUAGCCGCAUUUGUGUCGUUUUCGAAGAAGGACGUCGUGGCUGUGGGUUUCAACUACCGCCUUGGACCGUUGGGGUUCCUGCCCUGCGGUGCGGCGGCGAAGGAGGGGAUCGCGAACUUGGGCCUGUUGGAUCAGAGGACGCUUUUGGAGUGGGUGCAUCGGAACAUUGCCCGGUUCGGCGGUGAUGAAGAUGAUGUUACGGUCAUGGGAUUCAGCGCCGGCGCGCAUUCGGUCGGCCACCACGUCCUUUCUCCCCCCUCACGAAAGCUCUUCCGCCGCGCAGUCCUCGAAUCAGGCGCUCCCACGGCCCGUUCCGUACUCGCAGCAACGCACCCUCGUCACGAGACUCAGCUCACUCAGUUUCUCGCCUCGGCCUCACUUUCCCAUCUCCCGGAGGACCAAAUCCUUCCCGCCCUCCGCUCUCUUCCCCUCCCGCAGCUCCUUCAGGCCUCGCUCUCGGUCUGGACAGAAUGUGCCCCCUCGGUCCAGUGGCCCUUCCAGCCCUCCAUCGACGGCGGCGCAGGCUCCAAGACAAUCAUACCCACGAUGCCGAUCCGCACCUGGACGUCCUCCGACCUGCCCACCCCGCCACCCCUGAUCACAGGCUUCAACACCUCUGAAGGCACGACCUUCGUCCCGGCCUCCGCCUCCUCACCCGCGGCAUUCAGGAACUUCUUCGCGGCUCUCAUCCCCGCCUGCACGCCCCAGGAUCUCGAGACCCUCGACAGCCUCUACCCGCCCGCGUCGACCUACCCGGCCCCGCCGACCCGCCACCAUGGCUCCGAGUUCCGCAGGCUGGCGCACGCGUACGGGCACUACGGCUACAUCGCGCCGCUGCUGCACUCGGCACACUUUGCAUCCCGGAGGGGCGCGCCGGUGUGGGUGUACGAGUACGCCGCGCACGCGGACCUUGGGGCCGCGAACCACGGGGACCAUGUGCCCGCCGCGACGAGGGACGCCGACGUGCUCUCGCCGGGCGGGACGCCUGGGUUGUGGGCCGUGUCUGAAGCCAUGCACGGGUUCUGGUCGUCAUUUGUGACGAGCGGCGACGAGGAAGAAGGGCCGAACGGGUUGGCCAACUCGAGCGGGAUUACCUGGCCGCGGUUCGUUUCGCCGUUUGGCGAUGUGGCUGGGGGCGCGGAAGAUUACGUACCCACGGACGAGGAGGGUGAGACGAGGGGAAAGAUUGUUGUUUUUGGGGAAGGGAAUGAUGAGCUCAUGGGUCGUCAGGGACGGCGCCAGCCCGGCACCGUUGCGCGGGUGAGGACGUUGACGGAGGCUGAGAUGCGGCAGUUCCGGUUCUGGUGGGAUCAUGUUGGGUUGAGCGAGGGCAUGGGCGGAGCAGAGGACGAGUCGAAGUUGUGA